GACUAUAAGAACACAGAACCAGUGCAGACUGGGCUGGACUAAAAGAGUUUUCCUCCCAAGGCAUCUUGUGGAGUCCUGAAUGAGAGCAGAGACUGACAAGCAACAAGAACGUCAGCAGACAUGAAGCUUCACGCCCUCGUCCUCCUUCUGAUCUUCACCUGCAUGUACCUGAGUCUGGCACAGGGCUCAUAUGACAACUGCUGCCUUGGCUACGUUAAAGGGAUUGGCAAAUUUCCAAAGAAAAACAUUGUGAGUUACAGGAUGCAGGAAACAGAUGGUGAUUGCAACAUCAGAGCUGUUGUGUUCUCACUGAAGAAGAGACGUUUGCAGAAGAAGCAACUCACUAUCUGUGCCAAUCCAGCUGACAGUUGGGUGCAUGUGAUUAUUGAAAAGAUCGAUUCAAUAAUGAGGCCCUAG